CUCUCACCUUCCACUCCGUCUUUCUCGCUUGCUGCGUUCGUAGAGAAAUUAUUUCAGCGAUAAAGUAUCGAAACAGCCUGAAAUACCCAGAAGCUGGGCUGGUUGGGAAAUAUUUAGUACCUUCCAAAACAUUCCAAAUUUGGUAGCUCUUACUGUGUACAAUUUGUAGGUGAACGAGACAAAAUUCAAGGACCGGCAAUGCCCAUAAUACUUUCAAUGUAAUUGGCACAUCGCGCACGUUGAAGUCGGAUUGUUUUUGCAUCGGGUUUUGCGUACAUUCUGAUCAGAUUAUCAGUUGGAGAUGGAGUUAUACCAUUUCAAGGACUCCAGACCUAUACCGGAUAAAAUGUUUGCCUAUACAGAUGAUUUGAAAGGCGUCCCAUUGGUAAUUGACAAUGGAUCAUAUACUGCAAAGGUUGGCUGGGCAAAUCAGCCAGAGCCAGCAAUGAUUUUUAAAAACCUCAUCACCAAAGUCAGGAAGGAAAGGACUAAAAAGGACCUGGAGACCCAGAUCGGCAACGACAUCGCCAACCUGGAGGCGGGGCGCCUGAACCUGCGCACACAGUUCGACCGCGGCGUGGUGACGCAUUUCGAGGCGCAAGAGACGCUGUUGGACUACUCGCUGACGCACCUGGGUGUCAACACGCCCGGGGGCCUCCACCACCCGGUGGUCAUCAGCGAGCCGCCGGCCAACAUCAACCUGUCACGCGCCGCCAUGUCCGAGCUGCUGUUCGAGUGUUACCGCGUGCCGUCGGUCAGCUACUUCGUGGACGCGCUGGCCAGCCUGCAGCAGAACCAGCCGGAUUGCCGGGACGCGCUGGUCAUCUCCUGCGGCUACCACGCCACCCACGUCAUCCCCGUGCUAGACGGCCGGAUGGACGCGGCCAACGCUCGACGUAUCGGCGUGGGGGGCUUCCUCAUGUGCAGCUAUCUGCAGCGCCUGCUGCAGCUCAAGUUCCCUUCCGUCAUGGCGUCCAUCACGCUCUCUCGAGCUGAGGAGAUCCUGCACGAGCUGGCGGGACUGGCGGUGGACUACCCGUCCGAGCUGGCACACUGGGCCGAACCGGCGCACCGCGAGCAGCGGCGGCGGCGGCUGCAGCUGCCGCUCAGCGCCGCGGUCAGCCGGGAGAGCGGCCCGGAGCCGCCGGCCGUCGACGCCGUGCGAGACAGGAAGCGGAACGCCCAGGCGCGCAUGCUCGAGAUGCACCGCAAGAAGCGCCAGGCCAUGGUGGCUGACGACGAGCGGAAGCUGGCGCGCCUGCGUCAGUCGCCGCACCGCACGGCCGCCAGCCAGCAGCGCAUGCGCAUCAUCAGCCAGCUGGCGCAGCGUGACACCAAGGAGGACACGUUCGGUCAGCGCGACGAGGACUGGGACCUCUACAAGACCAUCAACACCGAGGGCGGCGACAGUGACUCGGAGGCCGACACCGAGGAGCUGGCCGAGCUGGAGGGCCGACUGCGCCAGCUGGCGCCCGACCUGCCGCGGCGCCAGCAGCCGGCCGGCUCCAGCGCCGAGCUCCACCAGAUCGAGCUGACCACCGAGGCGCUGCAGACGCCGGAGGUGCUGUUCCAGCCCAGUCUGCUGGGUAUGAGCCAGGCGGGGCUGGCCGAGACGGUCCAGUUCGUGCUGAACAAGCAGCCGGCGGCCGAGCAGCAGCGGCUGGCCGACAAUGUGUUCAUCACCGGGGGCCUGGCCCGCCUGCCCGGCUUCCAGGCGCGCAUGGAGCGUGAGCUGCGCCAGAUGCGGCCCUUCCAGACCAGAGCUGACAAGCUUUAUGAUCGUGCCGGUAUUGAUACGGCUUGUGCAUUGUGUACCGGUGUACCAUGCUGGCCCGCGGGAUUGACUAUCCUAUCGUGUGUUUCCGCCCCCGUGCCGGCGGGCGGCUGUUUUGUGACGCUGCUGUCGGCCGUCCCCAGCUUCCGCGUCACGCUGGCCAGCCGCCCUUCGCUGGAUGCCUGGCUGGGCGCGCGCGCGCUGGCCGCAGCCGGCCGGCUCGGCUUUGUCAGUCGACAGCAGUACGACGAGUGCGGCGCCGAGUUCCUCGCCGAACACCUGCUCUCCAACCCGUUCUGGCCGAGUCCGGACGGCGCGCCGCCGCCGGCCGAACCGUGAACGUCGCCCCUUCGUCGUCGCCGACGUGCGGCGCCUGGGACGAACACGCGCGGCCGGCGGCAAGCUACCUCCGGGGACGGGACGAGCGGUCCCUGGCGGCAGGCGCCGCCGCCGCUGGGGUGGCCCGAUGGGGGCUUCGAGGGCCCUCCGCGCCCCGGGUAUGGAGGCGAAGCCGCGUCGUGACUGCCAACCAGUGGAAGCGCCCGAAAGCCCCAAUUACUACUGCCAACAUUGAAAGCGGUUGUGUUCGGUAGGCGUGUUCGGUGGCGCAUAAACCGCGAGAAUAAAUCCGACGACCAGGCGACA